CAGGGUAUUUAACUCAAUAAGAAGAUUUAAAUCACCCACUCUAACUGUUGUACUUAUCGUUGACUGAUUAUGGCCGUCGUCAAGGAAUUAAUGGUCUUGGCACUAUUCGUGUUGUCGGCAAACGCAUUCUCAUGGAAGAAUUGCGGUAGUAACAAUGUAGUGAAGUUCUUGGAUGUGCGUGUUUCGCCCAACCCAAUCCGCCUUACUAAGGGCUCUAGGAUAACAUUCUCCGGCCGCAUCGGAGUCUACGGUAACGCAGGUGUUCGGUAUAAGAUCAACGUCAAGCUGCAGAAGAAAGCAUGGUUUCGGAUCACUGUGCCCUGCAGUGGGAACUUCGGCUCAUGCACGUACAAUUUGGACUGCCAAAAGCUUGUUGGACUGCACCCUGACGGCAAUAAACAAUGCCCUCUUCAACAAGGAGAACACAGUUUGGCCAGUCAGACUCUGACAGUCCCAUCCAUCAAUCUUCCUUCAUUCCUCACCAGUGGCGAGUACUACAUCAAGGCGGACUUGCGCGAAGAGGGAUCCAACCGACGGAUUGCAUGUGCAGAGGUUGAACUGCGCACCAUAUCAUGAAAGAACAGAAUUGAUUUGAUUGUGAAUGAAUGAAUAAAAAAAUGAUGUACUUUUCA